AUGCGGCCGCAACGAGAAUACCAUAUUGUCGUGUUAGGCGCUGGAGGAGUGGGUAAAAGCUGUCUUACUGCGCAAUUCGUUCAAAAUGUCUGGAUUGAAAGCUAUGACCCAACAAUCGAGGAUUCAUAUCGCAAGCAUAUUGAGGUAGACGGCCGGCAAUGUAUUCUAGAAAUUCUUGACACAGCAGGCACAGAACAGUUUACGGCCAUGAGGUAA